AUGGGUUAUUCAGCGAAUAAUAAUUGGUUGCUGUCAGCGGUCUUGGUGUUGGUUGUGCUCCAAGGUGGGGCCGACGCUUCCUGGUUCGAUCCUAAACCUCAACUCUUCAGUCAAACAAAUACCGGUAGGGCCGUCGUGAGUUACCCGUUGGCUUCUUCAAAUCUCUUGCCGGCCGCCGGCAGAGCGGUGCUCCAGCGGGCAGUCGCCGCGCAGUGCGGAGAGUCCAGGGUCGUGGUGACGGUCAAGCGAGAUCUGUUUGGGAUCGGCCAGCUGGUCAAAGCCUCUGAUCUCAACUUGGGUAGCUGCGGGGUUACUCGGCUGGAUGACGCGACGCAGAGCGUGGUCUUUGAUGCUCAGCUGCAGGAGUGCGGUAGCACUCUGAUGAUGGUCAAGGACGAGCUAGUCUACAGCUUCACCCUCAACUACAGCCCGACCCCCAACUCAAACCUUCCUAUAGUGAGAACCAACGGCGCUAAAAUCGGCAUCGAGUGCCACUACCUGAGGCUGCACAACGUGAGCAGCAAUGCUCUGAAACCAACGUGGGUGCCCUUCACCUCCACCAAGCUAGCUGAGGCAGCCCUGGACUUCUCCCUGAGACUGAUGAGCGAUGACUGGGUCAUCCAGAGGACCUCCAACAUCUACUCCCUGGGGGACGUCCUGAACGUCGAAGCCUCUAUCGACGGGACCAACCACAUGCCCCUCCGGCUCUUUGUGGACAGCUGUGUGGCCACCCUGGUCCCUGACAAGAACUCCAGCCCUCGAUACGUCAUCAUUGAGAACAAUGGCUGCCUGGUUGAUGCAAAGGUGUCUGGCUCCGGGUCCCGCUUCGUGUCUCCCAGAGUUCAGAACACCAAGCUGCAGAUGAAGCUCGAUGCCUUCCGCUUCUACUCUGACCCUAGGAGCUCUAUCUACAUCACCUGCACCUUGAAGGUGGCAGCUGCUUCCCGAUAUGUGGACUCUGUGAACAAGGCCUGCUCUUUCAUUGCUGGCUCUGGCAGGUGGAGCUCUGUGGAUGGGAGUGAUUCAGUGUGCAGCUGCUGUAACACUGGGAGCUGUGUUGCCUCUUCCAGAAGGAGACGAGGGAGCGGGGCGGCUGCCAGCAUGGCGCUGGACUGGGAAGGUGACGCUCGCGUCGGCCCCCUGGUCAUCCUGGAGACUCUACCCAACCACUAUGCCCCAAAGGUGCCUGAAGCUGAGGACAGAACUGCACCAGGCUUCCCGGUUGAGGUUCUGGUCCUGGCUGGUGUGGUCACUGCUGUGGCUCUGGGCUGUGUUGCUGCGCUGGCCACUGUGGUGUACAGGAGAGCUGGCAAACUCACUGCUUGA